AUGACAGGAAGACGCCAAUCCGCUCGGCUUGCAUCUCAGAAUAAUAAUUCUUCCCCACCACACCCUCAGUCUCAGCCAAAAUCGUCACCACCGGCAGGGCGCAAGCGUAAAAACGAAAGCAACGGCACGUCCCCUACCGCCAAACGUGGGAAAACGGUUGUUGAGCCUCAACAAAAGACUUUAGAGGAAACGGUUGCCAAUGAUGGGCCAAAAGAGGCAAAACCAGGGCCUGCUGAGAACGGUGUAAAGCCUCAAGCCAAGCCUGAAAGUGAGCCUGCACCUGCUCAAAAUGACGCUGGCACGGCUCAGCCCAAGAAAGAUGCCCUACUAGAAGAGAAGCCAGCCGAGGAAGCCGAGGAGAAGACAGAGAACAAGCCAGAGGGAAAACCGGAGGAGCAGCCAGAUGAGAAACCACAAGCAGACAACAAGCUCCAUCCAAGCGAAGAACACAAGCCUGAGCAACUAAUGGAAGCAGCACAAGGAGCCACCAACGGCGAAUCUGUUGUGCCCCAGGCGCGAGGCGACGACCAGGUUUCAUCAAGCAUCCUGGAGAAGGGUAUCAUCUACUUCUUUUUCCGGGCCCGUGUCAAUGUGGAUGAUCCGCAAGACGUCAAGGACAUUGCCAGGACCUACAUGAUCCUGCGCCCCAUGCCGCUAGAUGCGAAACUUGGGGAUGGGCCUAUUGGGGAUGACGGCAACUGUCGACUCCUCGCUCUCCCCAAGAAAGUCCUGCCUCUGAGUGGGAAAGACAGAUUUCUGACCUUUGUCGAGAAGGCAAAGACGAGCUUCAGCGAACUCAAGGAUUCCUUCACGUCUGGCUCUGACUAUGCGACAAAGACUGCUGGCACUAGCCACGUACCACCCGUGACUCCUCUGGCUGAGGGCGUCUAUGCCAUCACCUCAACCGGAAGGGAGUCGCAUCUUGCCUACAUCAUCACAAUCCCAGGAGAGCUUGGCGAGGUACAGAAGGACCUCGGGCUCAAAGAGCGUGGCAGUUUUAUCACCAGCGUGAAGAAUCCCAGUGCCCCAGCUCCAAACAAUGCCAGCCUGCCAAAGGGCCCGGGCUAUCCCAAGGAGCUGCUGGACGAGUUCCGCGGCCUGCGUUGGAAACCUCUCGAGCCAAAGUUUCUAGACUACGCCAAUAGUCAGUUCUUGGUGAUUGGUGAAUCCUACGAGAACGCCGUGGAGCAGAGGCCAAAAGAUGAGCGGGAAGGCAACGGCUUGCCAUCAGAUGAGCUGGAGAAGCUAGAGGGCGAGGACGAGAUCCGUGUCAAACACUUGAAAGGUGAUGACGCAGUAUUUGCAGAUCUCGGUAUCACGUCGAUGGAGUAUCCCAAGGUCCCAACAACUUGGUGA